UCCACACGUGGCGGUGAUACGCUCAUCUUCUGGUCAUCACUUAUUAUACUCUCGUCGAUAAUGCACAAGGAGACAAACCGAAAUACCGAUAUGUUCCGUACGGAUCAUGUUUAUGCGUACAAAGGGCACGGCAACAGACGCGAGUUUAUCUUGUGAACUGAGUCCCAGUUCCCGAUUCACAUUUUGCUGUUCCCGGCCGUCCGACAUCCGACAACCGCAACCCAAGACUUCCAAGACUUGCAGCCACCGACUUGGCAAAAGCUUGUAUUAUCUCUCAUCCUCUUAUAAAACUCCCUUUCUCAAACAUUUUGCCAAGUUCAAUGGUCCUGUUUCUUUUUUACCUGAGGCCUCCAACGGUUUCCUCAACCCCAUUGUCUCGGGUCCUUUUUGCUUGUCCUCCGUCAUUAUCGUAACACUUUCGAUCCUCUUGAAUUUUUAUCUUUUCCCCCGACGGCGGGAAGAAAUGGAGAUCCUGUGUGUCACGGCAGUGCAGUAUAGCCGUCUUGGUAGUCUCGGCAUACUUUCUGGUUACGUCAAUGGUGUGGGUUGUGAUACUCAGCCCAGGUACAUCUGUGGAUGUCCCGGGCAGGUUUUAUUCAAGAGUUCGUAAAUUACGAUCCUUUCCUUUUGUCGGCCGUAGUUGCGGCCUCGAAAGCUCGGAAAACGUGCAUUCGCCUACCUACACAUAUAGGUGCACUAAACCGCAAAGUCCUGUUGCCGGAAAAUCUACGCUCCCUCCCCUCGGCGCAGACGAUUCAGCGUCAGGUUGACCUUCACCUUCAUGAUCUCUCUCUCGCUUUGCUAUCAUCAACGUAAAGUCCACAUAACAGCCAGACGUUUCCUAACAAAUACACCUCCCUCUCCGUUUUGUGUGAACGGUGAUACAACCCCUCUAUCACCAAGCAGACCGACAAUGUCUAUCAACCGCCCUCUCACGGGAAUAGCAAAGGUGCUGUGCCUAUCAAAUCGAUGCAAGCACAA